UUGCAUAAAUUAUGCAUAAAUCUAAGUAGUUCCAUUUUAUACAUUUUUUUUUUUUUCAAUAAGCAAGUAAAUUUGGCCAUGGAAAAAAACAGAAAGAUGAACUCUUCUCAUCACAUUGCAAAAACAUGGAAAAAAUUAAGUGGUGAAAACAAUUGGGAAGGCCUCUUAGACCCCCUCGAUAUCGAUCUUCGAAGAUACAUCAUUCAUUACGGAGAAAUGUCUCAAUCGACUUAUGAUACAUUCAAUAGCUCAAAGAAAUCAAAAUAUGCUGGUAGUAGUUUUUUUUCCAAGAAAAAUUUCUUCUCAAACGUUGGUCUAGCUAAUGGAAAUCGGUACAAGUAUCGCGUUACAAGAUUCUUGUAUGCAACUUCAGGGAUAGAUUUGCCUGAUGCCUUCAUUUUUAAGUCAUGGUCUAGGGAGGCAUGGAGUAAAGAGUCCAAUUUUAUAGGGUAUGUGGCGGUGGCGGAGGACGAGUCCGUGGAAUUGUUAGGGAGGAGAGACAUUGUUAUUGCUUGGAGAGGGAGUAUUCAGUCGUUGGAGUGGGUUAAUAACUUGCAAUUUCAUCUAGUUCCAGUUUCCGAUAUUCUUGGAGACGAUGAUGUAGGUGAUAAGGCUAAAGUACAUGAAGGAUGGUACUCAAUUUAUACAUCGGAUGAUCCUAAAUCCCCAUUCAACAAAACUAGUGCUAGAAAUCAGGUUCUACUUGAGAUUCGAAACCUAAUGGAACAAUACAAGAAUGAAGAGGUUAGUAUAACAAUAACAGGCCAUAGUAUGGGAGCAGCACAAGCUACACUAAACGCGGCUGAUAUUGUUGUUAACAAUCUUAACAAGCCUAAAAGCUCCCCUGGAAAAUCAUGCUUAGUAACAGCCAUAUUAUUUGCUAGUCCUCGAGUUGGAGACGCCAAUUUUUUAAAGUUCUUUUUAAAAUAUGACAACCUUAAGAUCUUAAGGGUACGUAACAGCCUAGAUGUCGUACCACACUACCCACCUAUCGACUAUGUCCAUAUCGGAGAGGAGUUGGUCAUCGACACAACUAGGUCACCGUACUUGAAGUUCCCCGGAAAUUUAGUUACUUGGCACAACUCGGAGAUCUACUUGCACGGCGUUGCUGGAUCUCAAUGUGGUGAGAAAGCAUUCGAAUUGGUUGUAGAUCGUGACAUUUCGUUAGUAAAUAAACAUUGGGAUAAUUUAAAGGAUGAGUUCCUCAUCCCUGUUGGUUGGUGGAUAUUGAAGAAUAGGGGCAUGGUUCAACGGUCGGAUGGAUCUUGGGUAUUGAUGGAUCGAGAGAUGGAUGAUGAUGAAGACUUUGACCUUUGAAUGUAGCUUUUAGUUAACCUUCAUCAAUGUUGAAACCCCAUUUGUUGCGCACAUGUGAAUUGUUCCACAUUGGUUUUAAAGAAACAAAAAGCAGUUUAUAAGCUAUAGGACUUAGCUUCCGUUGAUUUUAGUGAAGAAUCUCCGUUGAACGGCACUCCUAUUUGUUGGGGCUUUGGAUCACCCAGGCCCAUUUUGUUAUUAAUGGAACAAGUUUUUUUUUUUUUUUUUUUUUUUUUUUUUUUUUUUUUUUUUUUUGACAAAGGAGCAAGUUAGUUGGAAAUUUGGAUAUGUAUAUUUGAAGAUUGAAGAAUUCAUGAAAGUUUAUUUAUUGAUAUUUAAAUUGGAAAUUUUUUUUAUAUUAUUCUAUUUAACUAUUGAUUUUAUUAAUCAUUUUAACUUUUAAUUUUUUUUUAUGAAAUUGAUGAAUAUCUUCUUUUUUUUUCUUCUUCUUAAGAUAUUUGUGUUGAACAGUAUCUAAUACACGACUUUAAACACUAAUGUUUUCAAUCAUACUACAAAGAUAUA